AUGUCCACAAGAGGUUCGGACGCGUCACGUCCCCCUUCACGAUCCAAGCCUGCAGUCAUCUCGUCUUCCGCAGCCGCCUCACGCAUCACGUCCCAAGAUGACGCCCUGAUCCUCAGCUCACAAAAGCGGAAGCGCGCUUCUCCUGUCUUUGCCCUGGAGGAGCUUCUCAAACCAUAUAUUACAAUAAAACCCCAAUUCUGCAUCGGCUCCGACUCAGUUCAACCUCCUGUUUUGAAGCCACUCAUGCUGCUUCCCCGCGAGCAUCUUGCGUUGUCUGCUCUGGACUUAUCCGCCCCAAAUGGAGAGUUCCCAAGUGGCCCAGGCCGUUUCUUCGAGUCGCACAUCCGAGUACUGGAUCUUGAGGGUCGGUUGCGCCAGGCACCAAGCGUACUCAUCGCACGCUCCGACGCUACCCGCAAUGUUUAUGCCAUCGAACGCCACCAGACCGGCCUCUAUGUUGUUUGUAAGCUCGGCUCCUGGGUUGCCGUCGAGAAACUUAGCCACCUUGCCGAAGCCUGUUAUGAGCAGCGCUGCCGUCCAACCCAGGCGGCACGUGGCGGUGUGGCGGAAGCUCCAUCAACCACGCCCCAGUUGCACCAUGAGAGCAAAAAGAAGAGGCUCGCGAUAGAACAGAUUCAAUCCAUGGUGCGAAAGCGCCCCAGGACUGUCUCUACAACUACGACACCCUGCGAAUCACAGCAAGACCAGAGCCAGAGCCAGUCCCGGGCAGUGACGCCUACUGUAACACUUCCUCUGGAGGACCCUUUCCGUGCACCACCUCCUGAAGGCGGCAUGAGCGAGCCGCCACCACCGUACAAAAGUCUUCAAGCUGCCGUAGCAGACUCAAAUGCUGAUAUGCAGACUUCUGCCGAAGAUAUAUUCCAGAACAUCAGAUCCCAAUAUCUGGAGGCUCUGUAUCAUUCAAAGGGCUCGUUGGCGUACUUUGCAAAAGGCCCGCUAUCCCGAGCACGCGCAGCCUUCCACCUGGACUGUGACGCCAACCUUGAGAUGGACGACCUUGUCGAAUUCUUGAAGAGCCUCACUGUGUCAACGAUUCAAAUCGACAAGAAGUUCCGGGAGACAUUGCCAGAACUUGUCAAAGACAUAAAAUUACUGGCCGAGAGCUGUGCCGAGGAUGAGCCACGGAAGAAACGCAGAAAGCCCAAGAAGAUGAAAAUAGGUAAAGACGGGCUAUAUCCAGGAGAGGUCGACCAUGUGAAGAGAUGGUGGAGGACACAUCAAUUCCUUGUACGAGAUCGCGAUGAGGCCGACCUCAAUCCACAGGAGGUUAAGUAUUACAUAACUUGCCUCCGGACUCGGGAAACGCAACUGCAAAUGAUCCUCAUCCUAGAAAUCCUUGCGCUGGAAGCCCUGCAUCCGGUUCAAGACGCACGAGACAGUCAGUUGCCGGGGCUGCCAUUCGGAGACACACCCAAGAAGACGACCGAACCUACUCCAAAGAAGCGACAUAAGCACAACUUUUCGACACUAGUCGAUAUUCAUGCCGAUCGACUGUGCAUCUGGCAGUCCACUACGCUAGAUGAGAUGCAAAUGAUCGCUGCAGAGUCGCAAGUUAAGGACGGAUCGGAAACACACAAGCCUGUGAGGGCGAAUUCCGAUCCACUGAAGGACUUUUGUGUAGACAUCUUGCUGCCGUUCUUCGCUGGCCGACUUCCUGAAUUGUGCGAGUCUUUGAACCACAAACUGGGAGGCCCGGUUGUCGUCUCUCCACCGAAACCCAAAAAGCGUCUAGUUUCGACAGCUGCGAAGGCGGCAGCUGUCCCCGGUUCUCUCGCCAAGCGACCGGUCCCGACCAGCGCACCCAAGUCACUGGACAAGAUUUUCUCGCAUGACCAAUUGAGGAGAAAGGCAUCUCGUAGGCCAACUGACGUGUUGGCAAGAAUGAGGUCUGCGACACCCGCUACCAUCCCAGGGCUGAAGCGCGAAGCAAGCGAACCUGCUCCAUUGAGUGCGAUACCAAGUGGAGACAAGCCUUUGAAAGAGAGACCCCGGAAUGUGUUGUCCAGGAACAUUUUAAAUGUCACUAGCGAGGACUCGAAGGCUCAAAAGAAAGCCAAGAUGGAGGCAGAUCUCAAGGAUGCCAUCAUGGCCUUGAAAAAGCCCAACAGACAACUUGCGGGUAAAGCUCUUGUCGAGGAAGCCGAGAAGCGAAUAGGUUCAUCGAGCUCGCCUCGUCCGCGAAAGCCAAAGAACCCCACUCGCUUCAGCGCUGGCAACCGUCCACAGGCUCAAGUACAAGUCAAGGCUACUCCAGCCAACUACCGCUUCAAAGACGCUGUGUCGACAUCAGACAAGCGAAGUUAUGGCAGUUUCAAUAUUGCCCCACCAAGGCAUCAAUUGGAAGAGAUCCCCUCAAGCUCCAUCGUCCCUUCUACAGCACCUAGAAAUGGCCUGAGAGACGGCCUGGAAGCAUUUCACAUAGCAAGCACGCCUAUUGCGAAUAAGGUGCAGGCAAAUGCCGUGCCAGACUCGGCAGCGCCUCCAAGACCGAACAUCAACGAUCCCUUUGCGCAACCCUCAUCACCACUAAUGUCCAAAAGGGCUGCGCCGGGCCCCAAAACAUACCUCGAGGUACCGAGUCUCGACGCCGCUCCAUCAUCCCCCAUUCUACCACGUCUAUUCGCAACGCCUGUAAAGCAGAGACCGCCGAGCGACACGGCCUUGAUUAACGAUACUGUUACGUCUACACCUCCAGCACCUCGACAUGCAGCUACUCUGUUCGCCACUCCCGCUAAGAAAGCCCCAACAUCUGCACCUCCUGUGGUAGCAGAACCCACAAAAUCCAACGAGCCCAGCAAAAUCACGGGACUGAGUAUCUACCAGCAGCUGGGCUGGGAUGAUUAUGACGUCGAUGACCUCGCAUGA